UUACGACUGCUUUCUUCGCGUUUAGCUGUGAGUCCCAUAAUGUGACAACAGAUGCGGAUCCAUAUGGGGGCCGUAUGAGAAACAGCCCCGGCUUAUUUACCCCAGCUGUGAUAAACAGGUGUCCUGGUGAAAGACACUUGUCUUCAAAACGUGCAGGGCGUCCAGACCGAGCUUGUAGAUAUCGGAAGCUCACACGCUAAGCCGUGGAAGUGUUGGUGUGAGAGACUGGAGUUCCCCAUACAGGCCGGACGGGUCAUCAAGCCCAGCCCAGUUCCGUGCGCAGAGGGUGUGCGCAGUGCGGCUCACCUGAUCCGUAGGUACACCUGAAAUCCACACUGGGUCGGGUCGUGUCUUUUAUGCAAAUCCAUUGUUUGUGACGGGCAUGCGUCACAUAUUUGCGUGGAGUGUCAAUACAGAACACCGUCGCCAUAUUCCUGUAGCAGGGGCUGGUUGUUAGUCCGCUGCCGCCGAGAAGUUUUUCCUUUUCUGUUCUUGAAGGACUGUUUUUUUGGUCGCGCAAUGAGCUCGCCUUUGAGCCCGCCGCGUGUGUGCGUGCUGAGCAAAGCCGGGGGCAGGGAAUACGGCUUCCACCUGCACGGAGAGAAGGGCAAGCAUGGGCAGUACGUCAAGAGCGUAGACGCGGGCAGCCCCGCCGAACAGAGCGGGCUCAGACCCGACGACCGGGUCAUCGAAGUCAACGGCGUCAACAUCGAGCGGGAGACACAUCAGCAGGUGGUGAUUCGGAUCAAGGAAAACCCGAUGGAAGUGAGGUUACUGGUGGUCGAUCACGAGACAGACGACUACUACAAGAAGCAGGGAGUAACAGUGAAAGAGUCCAUGGCUGCUGUGACCACGCCCGUUGCUGCUGAUCAAACACCUGAGCCACCUGUAGAAAAUGGCGUGGACCAUCCGGAACCCGCGCCGGAGCCGGCCCCCGUGGUGUCCCAGGCCCCGACCGAGGAGCCCCCCGCCCAGAGGGUAGCGGUGCCCCCCCACCUCGCCCCGCGCCUUUGCCACAUUGCCAAGGGUGAUUCAGGGUACGGCUUCAAUCUCCAUGGAGAGAAGGGACACAGAGGCCAGUUCAUUCGCGCCAUCGACGCCGGGUCUCCCGCCGAGGUAGCCGGACUCAAGGUUCAGGACAGGCUUGUUGAGGUCAAUGGCGAGAACAUUGAAUCACUCAAGCACGCCGAGGUCGUGGGCAAAAUUAAGGAGGGUGGAAACGAAACAACAUUGCUUGUCGUCGACAAGGAAAGCGACGCCUUCUUUCAGGAAAAGGGAGUCACCAUCACGAAGGAAUAUGUGGGCGGCACACCAGGGGUGAACGGAGAUCCUGUAGUGGAGACCCCUCCCCCCACCCCACCCGCUGUAGAGGAGCCGGUGUCAGUCACCGAGGUGUCCUCUGCCCCUCCCGUCAACUCUCCAGUCUCCAGCCCCGACACGUCCUCUCCGGAACUCCCCCCUCCCCCAACCCCUGAGGAAACCCCCGCCCCCGUCGUCGACAUCCCGCCCCCUCCCACGGAGGAACCCGAACCGAUCCCCGAGCCCGUCGCCAACUCCACCCCCGAGCCUGAGCCCCAGUCCGCCCCCUCCCCCGCGAGCUCGCCCAGCGAAGACAGUGGUGUAGGAGACUUCACCAUUGACCUGGCCACGGCGCGCCAGAAAGUCUUGAGCAAGAAAAAGGCCCGGCCGUCCCAAAUGAAUUGGCAAAACAAGCACGAAAUCUUCAAUAACAUGUAGAGCAGGGAAAAUGGCCUAGGGAAAUGGAGGGACCAGCAAGUCAAGGACAGUCUUUUGGGAUACAAAAUGGACGGCUCCGUCGUACACAGAGGUUGGUAGUACCUAUGUCAACAGCAUGGUGUAAGUGUCCCAAGACAAGAUCGGACAUGAGCAAUAGCACAGGACCCUCCACUGUAAUGUACAAAUUAUCUUUUUCAUUUGUGUUAACAGAGAAUCUAUCCAUAGUGUCGACAUCAACGCCUCGAUUAACGUUUUCGCCUCGAGCUCUUCAAUCCCAUUUAUUUGCGCUAAUAGCAAGCAUAUUGAUUCCGAUCUCGAUAGGCCUUCAGAUGAUUAAUAUGUUAAAGCUUGUCUGCUUCCCAUGAAUAGAAUUUGUGCCUGCACAUUGUGAUAUACAUAUUCUAUAUACAUAUGUAUCUAUAUAUAUGGUAGAUGAAAACUUGUAUCAUAUAGAGUACGAUAAUUUUCAUUCAAUGAAACAAAGGACAAUCUUUGGGCUUGGGGAGAUUGUAAAUAAUUCUUAGCUCGUGAUUAUAGGAGGGUUCGGACAUGAAUUGAUGAAAACUUCAGGUUUCUAGUGAUUGCUAGCGGUAAUUUGUAAUCCGAACUGUGGGGUUUUGAUAUGAGGGAGGGAGGGGGCGGAUAGUCGGACCAACCAUAACUCAUCAAUAUGUUGGUAGCCUUCUCAAAAAUACUGUGAUGUUAGGCUAGAUUUUGUGUAGCCCGGUUCUGAUAAUUUCCUUGUAGCGGAUGGUUUAACUGUUAACUAGACUAGAGUUAACAUUUUCGUGGUCUUGCGGGUGCUUCAUUGGCAAACCGAAGACGUUAUAGAAUUAGUAAAGUAGCCGGGUGACGUGAAAAUGUGUGUUGGCACCAGUAUGCACCGUUUAGUUACUUAGGUAACUUCUCACCCGGUGUAUGUUACAUGGGUCACGUUUUCUCCCAUCCGCCCAACCCGAUAAGCAAACAUGUCGUCCUAUCUGAUGAAAUGCUGUGUGUCGAAUAUAAGAUGUAUUGAUAGGCGCUGUUCCCUCAGGAAUGCUACAGUACUGGCAACAAGAAAUAACCUGUUUCAGAAAGGUCCGGUUCGAAACGUUGAAAAAACGUCAGUUUGGGACAAAAAGGAAAGAUAAUGGUGAUGCUAGAAGUGCUCGUAGAGGUACCAAUAUUUUUGAGAGAUUCACAAUUAUAUAUUUUUCUAACCCUGUGGAAUGGAAGCCAGGCCUGUACUGUAACGUUCGAUACUGAAAUAUUGACUCGUUCAGAGAUGAAGUAAUUUCGCUGUGUAGCUGUAAAAUCGCAGACCUCCGGAGACAGGCUCUGUCAGCUAUACAUUACCGUACUGUAACUGUCAUUAUUUUCUUUUGUCUUAUUUACCAUGUUUGACGUAGACUGAUGAGUUGUGAUAAGUUGGAAUUCAAUACAUUACCGUUCUGAAACUUUGUUAGCAUGUUUCUUUCUAGCCAUUCGUUAGAGCGAUAAGAAUAAGCUGUUACGUUAGCGAUAGCGGACAUAGCAUGCAGAGAUAAUUUGCUGUUGUACAGUAAGUGACGGUAGGGUAGGACUUUGCCCUGUCCAGCCAGCCAUGUAACACCUGUUUACUAAGUGGGCUAAGGUAGGCCCCUCCCAGUUGGUCAACACCGUAUUCAAAGGACAAGCCGCACUCUGUACCUCUUCUAUUGUUUCUUCAUAACAUUGUAUAGAUAGCGUGUGAGAAUAUCGCCCUCUUCACCCAUUUUAUAUCCCUGUUUAUGGGUUCAAAUGGAAGGUACUUAGGAGUGAUUUGGGUUCCAUGAAUGACGAAUUAAAGUGCAUUAUGAUUUGCA